AUGAGUAAAAAAUUCACAAAGACAAUUACAAACCCAUUAACGACUAUUUUUGGUUUUUUACAAAAAUCUGUACGUGUCUAAAUAUGGUUGUAUGAGAAUACUGACUUAAAACUUGAAGGAAAAAUUGUUGUAAUAGGCUUUGAUGAAUAUAUGAAUAUGGUUAUUGAUGAAGCAAUUGAAGUAUACAAAUCUAAAGUUUAGCCCCCUAAAGCAAUUUGUUUAGUAUUUCACGGCAUGAAUUGGCAUUCGGGACUUUAAGCACACAUAGCAGAACAUUUAUCAUCAUAAAAUAUUGAAGUAUGUGCAUUUGAUUUUAAAGGACAUGGAAAAAGCUAAGGCUUAAUAGGAUAUAUACAUGACAUUUAAUUACAUAUAAAAGACGCAGAGAACUUUGUAAACAAUAUUAAAGAAAUGUAUCCAGAAAAGCCUUUAUUUUUAUGCGGAUUUUCUUUAGGAGGACUCACUGCAUUCGAUUUAGGCUUAAAAAACGAAAAAAAUUUCAAAGGAAUUAUAUUUCUUGCACCAGCUUUAAAAAAUCAUCCUUUUAAUUUUAAAAGAUCUAUUUUUUUUGUGAAAAAUUUAGCAAAAAUUUAUCCAAAAAUAAAAGUAACACCUGAUAAUAGAAAAAGUUUUAGUACACAUAGAAAUAUUAAUGUAUAUAAUUUAUUAUACAAAGAAGGUUCUUUAUAUAAUAAUUAAGGAUUACGGGCAGGAACUAUAAAAAAUAUAGUUGAAUAUAUGAAUUAUUGUUAAGAUUAUUUAAAAGAUUUUAAAGUUCCUUUUAUUGUAUUUUAAGGAGGAAUGGAUAAAUUAGUAGAUCCUUAAGUGGGGAAUAUUUUAAUUUAAAAAUGUGGGAGUAUUGAUAAAGAAAUUAUUUUUAAAUAAGAAAUGUGGCAUGGGAUUCCUUUAGAACCGGAAAUUCAGGAAUACAAAUUUAUUAUUUCUGAAUGGAUUUUGAAAAGAAUUUGA